UUCCACCCCCCUCUCUCUCUCUCUCCUCUCUUUUCUCUCUCUACAAAUUUAUAUCUAUUUUUUAUACUCCCCGAUUCGUUCCUUUCUUCAAACCCUAGUUUCUCCAAGUCCCAACAUUCCUAUCAAAUUCGCGAAUUUCAAUCACUUCCCCGUCAAAGCUCGCUCCUUUUCUCACCCCCCUCCAAAACCCUAGUUUUUUUUCCCUUUUGCUCGAAAAGGUCUUAUCUUUGGCCAUUCAAAGACUCGUGGACUAUUCUCGACUACACUAAUUGAACUCACGAUCCAGUUUCUGGCAUUCGAGACUGUCAUGUCAUCGUUAAGCCAUAUAAGAUGACUUGGGUUCCGGCUUGCUUGGUGCUAUAUGGGCAGGAACAUGAAGUCUAGAUAAAUUCGACCAUUGAGUUUGACCUGCGGAGCAUCUUAUAGCGAUUUGAUGCUGGAGGCAUUAUGCCGGUAAUAGUUGGGAGAAAUGCAAAGGUAUCAUGCUGCCAGCUGCACUAGUGCAGUUAAUAACAGCGCAAUUGGUGGGCCAUCAGCAAGGGAUACAUCCCGAGCAGAUUCAUCCUCACUGCCAGCUAACUACUCUAUAAAUCAGAGGCGGCCUCCACAACUAACCCCAUACAAAUUGAGGUGUGAUAAAGAGCCUUUGAAUUCCCGACUUGGGCCACCUGACUUUCACCCCCAAACUCCCAAUUGCCCUGAGGAGACUUUAACCAAGGAAUAUGUGCAAUCUGGAUACAGGGAGACUGUUGAGGGACUUGAGGAAGCUAGAGAGAUUCAACUAUCUCAGGCUCAAACUUUUACUAAGCCAGUUAUCCUGAAGUGUAGAGAGGCAAUCAAAAAAUGUCACCGGGCCAUCAAUGAAUCUCGUGCUCAAAAGCGCAAGGCGGGCCAAGUUUAUGGUGUGCCCCUUUCUGGCCCCCUAUUAACUAAACCUGGUGUCUUCCCCGAACAAAGACCGUGUGGAGAAGACUACCGGAGGAAAUGGAUUGAGGGUUUAUCUCAACCCCAUAAGAGAUUGCGUUCUUUGGCUGAUCAUGUUCCUCAUGGCUAUAGGAAGAAAUCUCUUCUUGAAAUUCUUAUCAGGAAUAAUGUACCGCUUCUGAGAGCUACUUGGUAUAUAAAAGUAACUUAUCUUAACCAGGUUCGGCCUGUCUCUUCUAGUAUAGCUUCUGGGGUGGCAGACAAGAGCCAACUUUCCCGCACAGAGCAGUGGACGAAAGAUGUUAUUGAUUACUUGCAACAUCUCCUCGAUGAGUUUGUCUCGAGGAAUGCUUCUUAUUCAAAUUCACAUGUUAGGGAUAGGUCCCCCCAGACAGCUUAUGGUGGGUCGAUGCAGCAAAGAAGUGAUCCAACAUCAACACUUAAUAAUGGCGAGGAACCUUCUAUACAUUUUAAAUGGUGGUAUGUCGUGCGGAUUUUACAAUGGCACCAUUCAGAAGGGCUGCUUCUUCCUUCGCUUGUCAUUGAUUGGGUUCUCAAUCAACUGCAGGAAAAAGAUUUGCUAGCAACUCUGCAGUUGGUAUUGCCUAUCCUAUAUGGUGUUAUGGAAACUGUUGUCUUAUCUCAAACCUACGUGCGCACUGUUGUGGGAUUAGCUGUUCGUUUCAUCCAGGAACCUUCUCCUGGUGGUUCUGACCUUGUAGAUAAUUCCAGGAGAGCAUACACUACGUCUGCUUUGGUUGAGAUGCUUCGGUAUAUGAUACUGGCCGUGCCUGAUACUUUCGUUGCUUUGGAUUGCUUUCCUUUCCCACCUUGUGUGGUAACAUCUCAAGUAGCAAACGAUGGGAAUUUCUUAUCGAAGGUAUCUGAUGGGGCUGCAAAGAUAACUACUGGUUCUGUAGAAGUUGGUUGUCUGCUAAAAGAUAAAGGGCUUGAACCUCAGUAUCAAUCCAUAUCUAUUGAUUGUGUUGUUUCAUCUGUUCAGAAACGUACGGAAAAUCUCGCAAUGGCUGCAAGACCCAGCUAUCCAGGUCGCAAUGUUGCAAAAGCUGUACAAGAGUUGGAUAAGGCACUUAGACAGGGAGAUGUGAGAAUGGCAUAUAAUUUUCUGUUUAAAGAUCUUUGUGACGGAGCUGUUGAUGAAAGUUGGGUGGCAGAUGUCAGCCCGUGCUUGAGAUCAUCUUUGAAGUGGAUUGGAACCGUGAGUUUGUCAUUUGUAUGCUCUGUAUUUUUCCUUUGUGAGUGGGCGACCUGUGAUUUUCGGGAUUUUCGGACUGCUCCGCCUCAUGGCAUAAAGUUUAGUGGUAGAAAAGAUUUUUCUCAAGUAUACCUUGCUAUUCAAAUUUUAAAGCUGAAGAUAAAAGACAUGCAAAGUUCACUUCGAUGCAAGAAUGACAAUACCCAUGGAGUAAAUAAUAGCCUUGCAAAAGGCUCUGGUCAGCUGAAUAAGUAUUCUGGCUGGAACUUUGUGGGAACUGUUAAUGGACAUAGAAGUAAUCCAAGGAGAGUGGCUAAAAGUAAAGAGUUGUCGAACAUUUUUGAAAGCCCAGGUCCAUUACAUGACAUUAUAGUAUGCUGGAUCGAUCAACAUGAAGUUCACAAUUGUGAAGGUUUCAAGCGCCUUCAACUCCUUAUUGUGGAACUCACCCGUUGUGGUAUAUUUUACCCUCAGGCAUAUGUGAGACAGCUGAUUGUUAGUGGAAUUAUGGAUGGCAGUGGACCUCUGGUAGACUUGGAUAGACAGAAGAGGCACUAUAGUAUCUUGAAGCAGUUGCCUGGGUCUUAUGUUCGUGAUGCUUUGGAGGAGGCGCAAAUAACUGAUACAGGAGUGCUCACGGAGGCGAUAAAUGUUUACUCUAAUGAACGGCGUCUUCUGCUUCGUGGGGUUAAUGAUCAUCGUAAGAAUCCAAACAGUGCAAACAGUUCAUCUAAGAAACAAAAGAAUCGUUCAACCUCAGGUGGUGACCUUGAAGAGCUGAAGGCGGCUAUUUCGGUGUUGUUGCAGCUCCCAAGUUCUUCUACAUCCACUGAUACCGGAAUAGAUGAGUCUCAAGGGAGUGUCAAGAGGCCUGUUGGGUCGACUAGCAGCAUAAUGGAUCUCGGGGAAGGGACACCUGGGUGUGAAGAAUGUAGAAGGGCAAAGAGACAAAAGCUAAGUGAGGAAAGGAGCUCGUACCUUCAAGGACAGUCACCAAAUCCAUCAGAUGAUGAAGAAAGCUGGUGGGUUAGGAAGGGUCUAAAAUCCAUGGAAGCUUUAAAAAUUGAACCACCUCUUAAGCCACCCAAACAAGCGUCAAGGGGUAGGCAAAAGGUUGUGCGUAAAACUCAAAGUCUAGCUCAGUUAGCGGCUGCUAGGAUUGAAGGUAGUCAGGGAGCAUCCACAAGCCAUGUUUGUGAUAGUAAAGUGAGCUGCCCGCACCACAGAACUGGUGUUGAUGCAGAAGGUCCUAAAUCAAUGGGUGGAACCAGAGCACCGCACCUGGGAGAUAUUGUCUCAGUUGGAAAAAGUUUAAAGCAGCUGAGGUUCACGGAGAAGAGGGUUAUCACAGUUUGGUUGGUAACUCUGGCCAGGGAACUUGUUGAAGAAAAUGAAAGGGCUGCCACCAAAGUUGGCCAGUACAGUAGGCCGUUGCCUUCUGUCGAUGACAAGAAUUCUACACGAUGGAAGUUUGGUGACGAUGAGUUAUCUGCCUUACUGUACUUGAUGGAUGUUGCUAAUGAUUUAGUUUCAGCAGCCAGAUUUCUUAUUUGGUUAUUGCCAAAGGUUCUGAGUAGCCCCAGUUCUACAGUUCAUGGAGGGAGGAACAUCCUCAUGCUGCCAAGAAAUGUGGGAAGCAAUGCGUGUGAUGUAGGGGAGGCAUUUCUUCUGUCAUCUAUUCGGAGGUACGAAAAUAUCCUUGUUGCUACUGAUCUUCUUCCUGAAACUUUAUCGGCAAUUACACAUCGUGGAGCCACUAUCAUGGCAUCUAAUGGAAGGGUUUCAGGUUCAGCCACUUUAUGUUAUGCUAGGUACUUGCUGAAGAAAUAUGGUAGUGUAGCUAGUGUCGUUGAAUGGGAGAAGAGUUUCAAGGCAACAUGCGAUAAAAGACUUCUCCCUGAACUUGAUUCUGGAAGAUCACUGGACGGAGAGUUUGGGCUUCCACUUGGAGUUCCAGCAGGAGUUGAAGAUCUUGACGAUUUUUUGCGCCAAAAGAUAAGUGGUGUCCGAGUAUCGAGAGUGGGUUUGAGCAUGAGAGAGAUAGUGCAAAAACAUGUCGAAGAAGCCUUUCUUUAUUACUAUGGUAAAGAAAGAAAACUAUUUGCUACUGGUUCAAUCAAAAGUCCAUCCGUUGACAAAGGUGAUGAUGGGUAUCAAAUGGCGCUGCAAAUAGUAAACGGCCUAAUGGAAUGUAUGCGGCAAACUGGCGGUGCUGCUCAAGAAGGAGACCCCUCUUUGGUGUCCUCUGCCGUUUCUGCAGUUGUUAAUAGCAUUGGUCCAGUUGUAGCAAAAAUUCCUGAUUUUCCAACUAGUAGUAAUCACCUAAGUUUACCAUCUUCUACUGGUCCAUUGACAUUUGCUCGCCGAAUUCUGCGUAUUCAUAUUACAUGCCUAUGCCUCCUUAAGGAAGCACUGGGAGAGCGUCAAAGUCGUGUGUUUGAGAUAGCCCUUGCAACAGAAGCCUCUUCAGCCCUUGCUCAGGCUUUUGGUCCUGGAAAGGCUCCUCGUGGUCAGUUUCAACUCUCUCCAGAAUCUAAUGAUUCCAGUGCAAACUUGUCUAAUGAAAUCUUGAACAGUUCUGCAAAAUCAGUUCUCGGAAGGGCUGCGAAAAUUGCAGCUGCUGUUUCAGCUCUAGUCGUGGGAGCAAUUCUUCAUGGAGUUGUUAGCCUGGAGAGAAUGGUGUCUGUUUUCAGAUUAAAAGAAGGGUUGGAUGUGAUUCAGUUUGUAAGAAGUACUAGAUCGAACUCCAAUGGGAAUGCACGUUCAGUUGGGGCUCUUAAGGUUGAUAACUUGGUUGAGAUUUCUGUUCAUUGGUUUAGAGUGCUUGUUGGAAACUGUAGAACUGUUUCUGAUGGAUUAAUUGUGGAGCUCCUUGGGGAAGCAUCUGUAGUAGGUCUAUCCAGAAUGCAACGGACACUUCCACUCAACUUGGUCUUUCCGCCUGCUUAUUCAAUAUUUGCUUUUGUGAUAUGGAGGCCAUUCAUCUUUAAUACAAAUAUUGUUGCCCGUGAAGACGUCCACCAAUUGUACCACUCUUCAGCAUUGGCAAUAAGUGAUGCCAUUAAGCACCUCCCUUUUCGAGAUGUGUGUCUGAGGGAAACUCGUGGCUUUUACGACAUUGUAGCUGCUGAUACCACUGAUUCUGAAUUUGCAGCAAUGCUAGAGUUGAAUGGUCCAGACAUGCAUCUGAAAGCGAUGGCCUUUGUUCCUCUUCGGGCAAGGCUUUUUCUGUAUGCAGUAAUUGAUUGUAAAAUGCCGCUGUCAUUGUUUACAAAGGAUGACGGGGUCCGUGGUGAGUCAGGAGUUCAGUAUGGAGACAAUGAGACAAAACUUCUGGAUAAGCUGGUACAUGUUUUAGAUACACUUCAACCUGCAAAAUUUCAUUGGCAGUGGAUUGAGCUCAGGUUGCUUUUAAAUGAGCAAGCCCUGAUUGAAAAACUCGAGUCUGGUGAUACCUCCUUAGCGGAGGCUAUACGCACUGUCUCCUCAAAUCCUGAUAAAGCUGCUGCUUCUGAGAACGAAAACAAUUUCAUUAUAAUCAUCCUCACAAGAUUGCUUGUGAGGCCUGAUGCUGCUCCUCUUUUUUCAGAGGUCAUACAUCUCUUUGGGAGGUCACUUGAGGAUUCUAUGCUGUUGCAAGCUAAAUGGUUCCUUGCAGGCCCUGAUGUUCUUUUUGGCCGGAAAUCUAUUAGGCAGCGUCUUACUAAUAUUGCUGAGAGUAAAGGCCUGUCAACUAAGCCCCGGUUUCGGAAGCCUUGGGGUUGGUGUUAUUCUAAAUCAGAUCUUUUGGCAAGUAAGGGAGACGUGCGAAAGUUUGAAGCCAGCUCUAUUGAAGAAGGGGAGGUUGUUGAAGGAACUGACUGCCAGCAGUAUGUAACUGAGAGGGCUCUUAUUGAGUUAGUUCUCUCUUGCAUUGAUCAAAGCUCUGACAACUCACGCAAUACCUUUGCGAAUGAUUUGAUUAAGCAAAUGAGUAAUAUUGAGCUACAAAUAAAUACAGUUACUCGUGGGGCUAGUAAGCAGGGCGGAACAGUAAAUUCUGGAAUUGAAGGGCCAGGAAGCAAAAGCAAUAACCGUAAAGGUAUGAGAGGGGGGAGCCCUGGAAUAGUUAGACGACCUACAGUAACUGCUGAUCCUGUGCCUCCUUCUCCUGCAGCAUUGCGAGCUUCUAUGUCACUGCGUUUGCAGUUCCUCGUCAGAUUGCUUCCAAUCAUCUGUGCUGAUGGGGAGGCUUCAGCUCGUACCAUGAGGCACGUGUUUGCGUCUGUAAUACUCCAUCUCCUUGGAAGUAGGGUUGUGCAUGAGGAUGUGGAGCGUUCCUUCUCUCCGCUUAUGAGUUCUUCCUUGAAAAGGGAUGUGGACUUGUCAACAGAGGCCUUCGCUGCUUCUGCUGUAGAUUUAUCUGGUGAAAGUCUCUUUGAUCGCUUAUUGUUAGUACUGCACGGGUUGUUGAGCAGCUGCCAGCCUAGUUGGCUAAAGUCAAAGAAAGACUUCUCUGUGUUUGAUCGUGAGGUGGCAGAGAGUUUGCAGAAUGAUUUGGAUCGGAUGCACUUGCCUGACUCAAUUCGGUGGCGUAUCCAAGCUGCAAUGCCUAUUCUUUUUCCUUCUUCCAAGUGGUCCAUCUCUUGCCACCCACCAUCCGUGUCACCAGCUGCCCUCACUCCACUGCAACCCACCAUCUCAGUUUCCGGGUCCCAUCCCCCAUCAAACUUGCCGCAGAGGAAUCCAGUUUCUUCUGCACGAAAUUCUGCUUCUACAGCUGGAAGGACAAAGCCAUUGUCAUUGCAACAGGAAAUUGAUUCGGAAAUGGACCCAUGGAUGCUUUUGGAGGAUGGAGCUGGAGCUGGCCUGUCUUCAACUAGCACUGCUGGGAUUGGUGGAAGCGACAAUGCUAAUCUAAGGGCGUCCAGCUGGCUCAAGGGGGCUGUGAGAGUGAGACGCACAGACCUCACUUAUAUUGGCGUUGUGGAUGAUGACAGUUGAUGAUUAUAUAAAUUGAUACUUCAAUUCUUGAUUUGCUCCCAUUCACCAACCCCCCGUUUUGCAAGGUAAUUGUUGUAUUUUUGCUUUGUGCACCAUUGGGAUCAAGACUGCAUUCGGUGUCUUGCCUUCGCUUCUAUUGGCGGACGAUGGAGCUGUUGGGUGAAAGAGAUUAUUUAGUGCCCCUUGGAUUUUGAUGGGUAUCCAGAAAAAAGGAAGGGGCGGGGGUGGGGGGAGUGGGUGGGGGGGAAGAGAUGGGGCUUUUGGCCCAAUCGAUCGGGCCGUGGGGCCUGUUUGACUGCUACUAACCCUUGAGUCACCUCUCCUUUCUGGACCGUGUAGGCGGUUAUCUUAGUGCAGUUUGGAGGUUUGUUGUAUAUAUAGAGAGAGAGAAUUGUUUCAGUUGAGCUGAGUAAAGUGUCACAAGAAUGAGCUUUUACUUUUGUUUAUUGCUCAUCAAUAUCUUGUUACAUUGCCGAUUGAGCUAAUUCAAAUAUCUCAAGAACUAUUUGUAGCUGUUUAACGUUCGUCAAAUGUAUUCCGGCAUCUCUCUCC